GUUUCAGACCCUGAUGUUUUGUACUGUAAUUCAACGUUUGACACCUUCUCCUGCUGGCCAGCCACGGUAGCUGGCAACAUAGCUACUGUCCAGUGUCCUGACAGUUUCAUUUCGAAUGAGUUAUGUGAGUACCAAUCAUAAUGUGCAUGUUUUGUAUGUAUAUGAAAAGGCGCGUUUAAAUAGUUAUUUUCUUUAAUGCAUGAAAAUCACACCAUUGUCCUUAAUCCGAUGAAUUUAGGAAUACAUAUUAAUAAUUUUUUUUACAAUAUAAUGAACAUUGCUUUAUGUUGAAAUGUAUCUAAUAAAGAACAAUUUAUGGCGCUAAAAAUAGACAGGAGAAACCCUUAAAGCAUAUGGAAACAUGUUUUUGUGACACGUUCAUCAGCCGGGCUGAAACAGUGGCUGUCUGGCAGUCUCUAGAGAUUUAUUUUAGGUUGAUACGAGGCAUCUCCUUAUCUGCAUAAUGAUGCUGUCCCGUCCAGUCGACCCUAUAUAUGUAUUAGAAGCACCAUUGCUGUGUUCAUGAUCCUUAGCAUGUACCGAAGAGUGUGCACUUCAUCUCCGCCCGAACCGGGCGCAGAGCAGUGCUCCUAGCAAGCCACACACUCCAGGCUUGAGAUUUCAAAAACGGCUUCCUGGAGAUAGCUUCCAAAAUUUUGUGUUUGAAAUUAUUAGCGGUAUUAACUGCUUAAGCCAGAUUAGAUUGGGCGACUGUUAGACUGAUGGAUCAUCAUGAAUUGAUGGAUCAUCAUCGAUUACUGGAUCAUCAUGGUGACUGGUGAAGUGAUGGAUCAUCAUGGAUUGAUGGAUCAUCAUCGAAUAGUAGAUCAUCACGGUGAUUGCUGAAUUGAUGGAUGAUAGUGGAUUAAUAGAUCAUUAUAGAUUUAAGGAUCAUCAUAGUGACUGCUGGAUUGGAGCAACAUGGUGACUGUUGAUUGAUGGAUCAUCUUGGAUUGAUGGAUACUCAUGGUGACUGUUGGAUUGGUGGAUUGUCUGGGAUUGAUGAAUAAUCAUGGAUUGAUGAAUCAUCCCUUUGACUGUUGGAUUGAUUGAUUAUCAUGGAUUGGUAGAUAAUCAUGGGUUGAUGGAUCAUCAUGGUGACGAUUGGAUUGAUGGAUCUUCUUACAUUGGUGGAUUAUCAUGGAUUGAUUGAUCAUUAUGGUGACUGUUGGUUUGAUUUAUAAUCAUGAAUCGGGGAAUAAUCUUGGAUUUAUGGAUCAUCAUGGUGCCUAUUGGAUUGAUGGAUAUUCAUGGUGACUGUUGGAUUAAUGGAUCAUCAUGGGGACUGUUGAACUGAUAUAUCUUCAUCGAUCGAUGGAUAAUAAGGGUGACUGCUGGGCGGAUUGAUCAUUGUGGGCAACGCAGAUUUCUUGAGGUCUUCUUUUUUAAUUAUUCCUCUUAACUGUAAGUAGCAGUGUACUCCGGAGCCCCCCACCGCCCCAACACUCUCCUUCCUGCGAACCUGGGAACUUCCCCAUCUUCUAAGCGCAACUGGUACAGUUUAAUAUUAAAGAGUGGGCGAGACAAUGGCCAAAAAAUCUCCCUUCAUCGGUGCCUCCAUUUAAGUCAUCUCAGAUCAAUUUAAAAAAAAAAAAAAAAGAUUAAAUUGUAUCGUUUGUCAUUACAAGAAAGAAUGUUCCUUUGGAAUAUUAAAGCCAGUGACAAGAUUGGUGCUGUGAUCAAGGGAUCUAAAUAGUCUUAAAAUGGGCUCUAAAUGUGUAAUAGUACAACUAGUACUACUAUUUAUAAGUCUUACAAUGAGUACUAAAUGUAAAUAGACUAACAAUGAGUACUAAUUGUUAAUAGUCUUAAAAAUGAAUUGUAAAUAUUAGAAGUCUUACAAUGUCUAUAAAAUUUAAGUAGUCUCAUAAUGAGAGCUAAAUGUAAAUGGUCUUACAAUGAGUACUAAAUGUAAGUAGUCUUAAAAUGAGAUAUAACUUGGAGUCACUAAAUGGAAACCUCUCAAGGGAAACAAAGAAGACAACAUACACCACUAUCAUACGACCAGUAGUAACGUACGCUAGUGAUACAUGGACCCUUACCAGAAAAGCAGAGAACCUGCUCAACACAUGGGAGAGGAAAAUCCUCCAAAAAAUAUACGGCCCAGUGAUAGAAAAUGAUAUCUGGAGAAUUAGUACAAACCAAGAACUUUACCAUUUGUGCAAAGGCCCAACCAUAGUCACAGUGAUAAAAAAGUGCAGUCUACGCUGGGCAGGACAAGUUGAAAGGAUGCCGGAGUAUAGAGCAGCAAAAGUAAUAUACAGGCAGAGGAUUAGGGGCAGACGACUCACCGGUCGCCCAAGGCUGAGAUAGAUCGAUGAUGUGGAGAAGGAUAUACACCAGUUGGGGGUUCGCACAUGGAGGCGGAAAACCAUGGAUCGCUCCGAAUGGAAGGAUGGGGUGGAGCAGGCCAGGGCCCUACAUGGGCUGUAGCGCCACUGAUGAUGAUGAAAAUGAGAUAGAAAUAUAAUUUUCUUACAAUAAGUACUAAAUGUAAGUAGUAUUAAAAUGAGAGCUAAAUGUAAAUGGUCUUACAAUGAGUACUAAACGUAAAUAGUCUUAAAAUAAGAGCUAAAUAUAAAGGGUCUUCAUUUCGGUAUACAAUGUCAAUAAACAUACAUUAAAGAUGAAGUUUCAAUAUUUUAAAAUUGGGUAAUAACUGUCAAUAGCUUUACUUUGAGAACACACCAACAAUAGCCUUACAUUUAGAAACCACUAUCAUUAGCCCCUCAUUGAGAACACACUAUCAAUAGCAUCACAUUGAGAACACACCAUCAAUAGCCUCACAUUGAGAACACACUAUCAAUAGCCCCACAAUGAGAACACACUAUCAAUAGCCUCACAUUGAGAACACACUAUCAAUAUCCUCACAUUGAGUUCACACUAUCAAUAUCCUCACAUUGAGAACACACUAUCAAUAUCCUCACAUUGAGAACACACUAUCAAUAUCCUCACAUUGAGAACACACUAUCAAUAUCCUCACAUUGAGAACACACAAUCAAUGUCCUCACAUUGAGAACACACUAUCAAUAUCCUCACAUUGAGUUCACACUAUCAAUAUCCUCUCAUUGAGAACACACUAUCAAUAGCCUCACAUUCAAAACACGCUAUCAAUAGCCUCACAUUCAGAACACACUAUCAAUAGCCUCACAUUGAGAACACACUAUCUAGAGCCUCGUACUGUGACCACACUAUCAGUAGGAUUAAAAGGGGUGGGGACAGAGAUUGCAAUUAGGUUAGCAAAAAGUAAAUGAAUCAAACAAAGCAAAAUAACUAUGCUGCCAUCUGAGAAACUACUUUUCAGCUAAGUGGUGUUAUUUUAAUUUAAUUCUGUUUUAUCUGUUUUGCGCUGACGAAGGCUUCCUGUCGAAAUGCUCGUUAUUUUAUCGCGAUUCUUUUUUCAGAUUUUCCAUAACUUUAGUUCUCUUAUUUCAUUUUUUAAAAAUAUUUAAUGAAGAGGUCUCCUAGCAGAUCUUGGUUAAGUUAUACGUAGCUAAAUAAUUUUGAAAUGCUGUAAACGAGAACAGUUCAUCGAAAAUGAAGGAACUAGUUUUUGUUUCAAAAUGUUGUACUGAUGUAUGCUUCGUUGUCAUCGACAGCAAACACCAGCAAACUUUGUUUUGACAACGGCACUUGGGGACCCGCCAACUAUGGUACUUGCAUCACGCAAAAACACAAAACCCCAGAGAAUCUGCAGGUGGGUAAAAUAUCCAAUAAUUUAGUCACAUUUUACAAGGUGUCAGAUAUACGCCCAUUAGGUUUUAUAACAGUAGGUAGUUUUGUUUCUUAUAUAAUAUAUUUUUGAAAUGAUUUAUUUUCACGUUAUUGCAAAAUGAAAAGGAAAUGAAAAAUAUGUUGAAAAGUUUUAGCAUGCUAAUAAUAAAUAGUAAUUUCAAAUGAAUGGAAGUCUCAAUGUCUGAAAAUCUGAUGAUGUCCCACCCGCGAAAUAGGGUAAAUAGAUUCGUCUUUUAACAUAAGCAGACACACGGCGUGUACAUUUCGGAAAUAUAUUUCAGUGGCGCUGAAAAUCGGGCUUGAUAAUCUCUUGGGUUGGGGGGGGGGGUCAAUAUCUUAAUACCCGAUUAAACAAAAGAUGAAAAUGAAAUGUAAAUUAAAAUAUGGGAUUGGGAAAAUUGAAAUAAUGAAACUUCGCUCUCGCAAAACCGGCAAUCGAACUUUCUAUGACCAUAAUGUUUAUAUUAACGGCCUAAAAUACACCUCUUCCCAUCCCGGGGAGGACAAAAUAAGCAUUCUAAAAGGAAAUCUGCAAAUGGUUUUCUACCUGAAUAAGCCACCAAGUAGCAGGGACGAAACGGUUGCCUAGAAACAGUCCACUCAAAGGCUGCGUGAUAGAGUCAUUGGCAUGGGCUGCAACUACCCGCCCAUGCCUCACAUCCUUUAGCGGCAACUAGUGGUCACGAUCCCGGUCGGUUUCUGACGUUAUUUUCAACUUUAAUUGGUUAGUUGCCUUACAGCGGUGCUCUUUUUAACCCAGAUUGUCUCCACACACAGGUACCCUACAUGGAGGUGAUGUCCCGCGGGUAACGCCAGGGGGUUGGUGGCAGCGCUUCAUAAUCGGCACGCCACUGCGGACAUGUCUCCGCCCCGGGGCGCCCAGCAACACAUAAAGCACUCGAUAAAAUUGAUUAUUGUAGAGCGCCAUUUAGUAGUUUGGGAACCUCUGAGGAUCGUCAUUACAUAUUACAGAGAGAUACUUAAGUCCAGAUUUUUUAAUUAUUUCCAUUUGUAAAUGUUAUCAAUAAAUUACACAUAUAUUUACAUUAUAUCAAUUGUUUCAGCGCGAUGGUGUCUUUAUGAUCUACGAUAUUGGCUACGGCAUAACAACGGUAGCACUGUUGAUCUCUCUCACCAUAUUCAUUUAUUUCAAGUAAGACACCGUAAAGAACAUAUGAAAUAAUAUUGUUUUACACAGAAGGACUUAUUUAAAAAAUAUUAUAUUAUUAAUUGCACAAGUACACUCUAUAGAAAAAAAUAUUUAUUUCGAAAUAUUUGUAGUAUAUAUUUAAGACCGUUGUGUAUUUGUUUAUGUAUUUUAUUUAAAAUGUAAAUUGCUUCUUCCAAAAAAUAGAAGUCUCCGCUGUCUGAGAAACUCCAUACACUGUAACUUCAUGGCCGCUUUGCUGUUCACUAAUUUGAAAUGGAUUUCCUUGAGAUUGAACAAAGUGGCCAGCUUGCCAAAGGUAAGCCAUUAGCCCAAAUGUGUCAAAUAAAGGUAAGCCAUUAGCCCAAAUGUGUCCAAAAAAGGUAAGCCAUUAGCCCAAAUGUGUCAAAUAAAGGUAAGCCAUUAGCCCAAAUGUGUCAAAUAAAGGUAAGCCAUUAGCCCAAAUGUGUGAAAUAAAGGUAAGCCAUUAGCCCAAAUGUGUCAAAUAAAGGUAAGCCAUUAGCCCAAAUGUGUCAAAUAAAGGUAAGCCAUUAGCCCAAAUGUGUCAAAUAAAGGUAAGCCAUUAGCCCAAAUGUGUCAAAUAAAGGUAAGCCAUUAGCCCAAAUGUGUCAAAUAAAGGUAAGCCAUUAGCCCAAAUGUGUCAAAUAAAGGUAAGCCAUUAGCCCAAAUGUGUCAAAUAAAGGUAAGCCAUUAGCCCAAAUGUGUCAAAUAAAGGUAAGCCAUUAGCCCAAAUGUGUCAAAUAAAGGUAAGCCAUUAGCCCAAAUGUGUCAAAUAAAGGUAAGCCAUUAGCCCAAAUGUGUCAAAUAAAGGUAAGCCAUUAGCCCAAAUGUGUCAAAUAAAGGUAAGCCAUUAGCCCAAAUGUGUCAAAUAAAGGUAAGCCAUUAGCCCAAAUGUGUCAAAUAAAGGUAAGCCAUUAGCCCAAAUGUGUCAAAUAAAGGUAAGCCAUUAGCCCAAAUGUGUCAAAUAAAGGUAAGCCAUUAGCCCAAAUGUGUCAAAUAAAGGUAAGCCAUUAGCCCAAAUGUGUCAAAUAAAGGUAAGCCAUUAGCCCAAAUGUGUCAAAUAAAGGUAAGCCAUUAGCCCAAAUGUGUCAAAUAAAGGUAAGCCAUUAGCCCAAAUGUGUCAAAUAAAGGUAAGCCAUUAGCCCAAAUGUGUCAAAUAAAGGUAAGCCAUUAGCCCAAAUGUGUCAAAUAAAGGUAAGCCAUUAGCCCAAAUGUGUCAAAUAAAGGUAAGCCAUUAGCCCAAAUGUGUCAAAUAAAGGUAAGCCAUUAGCCCAAAUGUGUCAAAUAAAGGUAAGCCAUUAGCCCAAAUGUGUCAAAUAAAGGUAAGCCAUUAGCCCAAAUGUGUCAAAUAAAGGUAAGCCAUUAGCCCAAAUGUGUCAAAUAAAGGUAAGCCAUUAGCCCAAAUGUGUCAAAUAAAGGUAAGCCAUUAGCCCAAAUGUGUCAAAUAAAGGUAAGCCAUUAGCCCAAAUGUGUGAAAUAAAGGUAAGCCAUUAGCCCAAAUGUGUGAAAUAAAGGUAAGCCAUUAGCCCAAAUGUGUCAAAUAAAGGUAAGCCAUUAGCCCAAAUGUGUGAAAUAAAGGUAAGCCAUUAGCCCAAAUGUGUCAAAUAAAGGUAAGCCAUUAACCCAAAUGUGUGAAAUAAAGGGUAAGCCAUUAGCCCAAAUGUGUGAAAUAAAGGUAAGCCAUUAGCCCAAAUGUGUCAAAUAAAGGUAAGCCAUUAGCCCAAAUGUGUGAAAUAAAGGUAAGCCAUUAGCCCAAAUGUGGGAAAUAAAGGUAAGCCAUUAGCCCAAAUGUGUGAAAUAAAUGUAAGCCAUUAGCCCAAAUGUGGGAAAUAAAGGUAAGCCAUUAGCCCAAAUGUGUGAAAUAAAGGUAAGCCAUUAGCCCAAAUGUGUGAAAUAAAGGUAAGCCAUUAGCCCAAAUGUGUCAAAUAAAGGUAAGCCAUUAGCCCAAAUGUGUGAAAUAAAGGGUUACCAACAUCACGAAACGUCGAACAAUUACUAAUAAUAAAAAUAAUUAUCUUAUUGUGUAGUUCUGAAGGUAGCGGUACAUCAUAAACAUCAUUCACGUGAGUUUAUUAAUGGUGAGCGAAUUGAAACAGUUAUUAAAGUUCAGAAAGCCAGUUUAUUGAAAUCUCGCUCAAAUUCUUUUUUUUUUUUUUUUUUUUCUAUUUCACAAGUUUAUCAAUGAAAUCUCACAAAGCUGUUGCAAUGUGCUAAGUAAAAAAUUCAAUUGAAAUGGGUUUAACAUUGACGUUGACGUAUGUCAUUUUAUCGUGGACGUCUCCAGGGAAUGUGCCAGGCUGUUGUUACGUUGUCAACAUACUUCCACAUCGCAAUCUUCUUUUGGAUGUUUGUCGAGGGGCUCUACCUCUUUACGAUAAUUUUAUGGGCGUUUUCAGCACAGAAGAUUCGAUUAUGGUACUAUCUCAUCAUUGGCUGGGGUAAGUCUGGGAUUGACUGAUGUAAUUACUAUCUCAUCAUUGGCUGGGGUAAGUCUGGGAUUGACUGAUGUAAUUACUAUCUCAUCAUUGGUUGGGGUAAGUCUGGGAUGAUUUUUUUAUUGAUUGACUUGUAGUUUGUAUUUUUGAGCUUCUUCUUCUUUUCUAUUUUGAGGAGCCAUUGGGCUCCCAAUGAGUUGUCUUGUUGUUUGUAUUUAUUUUGAUGGGUUGUCUAUGUCUGGGGAUCAUGUUAGGGUAUCGUCUUUGAUGAUUGGUAAUGCAGUGUGCAUUUCUAAUCAGUGGACUCAUUUUGAUAAUUUUAUAGAUAGAGAGUUGGUCUCAAAAUUGGAGGUCACUAGUAAUAAGGGCGUUUAAAAAAUAGUUUAAUUAAUUUUCUUGAAGGAUGUUUUGAAUGUCAUUUGAGUUUUUUGACAGAUUCUCAAUCUUGGGUUAGGGUUAGGGUUAGGCUUCAUAUGGUCGUUGUUACGCACUGCUAUCUGUAUUGAGAAUUUAAUCUUCUAUCUCCAUGUAUGGCUCGUUCCAAAACAGUGCAUGACAAAAGACGAUACCAAAUUAUCAGAACAAUAACAAAUAAAACGAUACUCGAAACAGGGUCAAUUACAAUCAAAAAGUUUAUUAAGAUAAUAAUAAAGUACAAAAGUCAAAAAUAAAUAUAAUUUAAAAAAAACUUUUAACUUACAGUAUAUUGUGUGGCUGGUACCAGCACAAUGUCGAAUAAAACACAUGUGCAAAAAAGGUACAAAUAAUGAAAGGAGGUCUACUGUAAACAAAUCAUUCACACGUUCCCAAAAUAGCUCCCUCGCGCUGUCUUCGUCUAUCUCCCCUUCAGUCUGCGGUUUCAUUCAACCACUAGCCGUAUUUAUAGUCUAUUCUAUUGAAAAUUCGAGUUCAGAAUCCGCCUCGUAAAUUAAAUCAAACGUUCCACAAUGUUCUACCGCUUUCGAGUUUAGAAACAGGCGAUGGAUUGGUUUGUGGUAAAGAGGAUCAAAGGGAGUCAGCCACGUCCAAUACUAACGCAGGCGAAUUGGGGUCAGCUUAAAGGUCGUUCACCAGGAAAGGAUUAACUGAGAGUAAAAUAUAUAACGCUCAUAUAUGAAAGUCGUGUUUCAUAUGACCAAGAACGUUUUAAUGUCUACGAAAUUUUUUAGAAAUGUCUAGAGAAUUUAAUCAGUUUUUCGCAUAAAUCUCUGUGUCCAUUGUAGUUAUUAAUGCGCACGACAGGCCAUGGUGAUAACAUAAUUACAAGUUAUCAGGUUUUGAGCAUAUGCGUUUUUGAACGUCUGGUCAUUGAAUAUUUGUCAACAGUUUCUUCCAUACAUCUAUAAUGAAAUGGUGUCAAAUUCUUGCUGGUCAACAUUGUGUUGUUUUCAACGUCAGCAAUAUUGUUUAUAAAACAAGGGUUCAGUUUGAAAGUAUUUUUUUUCUCUUCUUAAUCCUUCAUUAUUUAGGUUUUAAAAUCGCAUCACUUCAUUAAUUUGUUAUCUAAACAUUGUUGAACUCUUAGACGAAAUUAUUGAAAAUUAUUUUUUGUAGUUUUAGUAUGCAAAAGAGCAGUUGUUUUUUUUUAAAUUAUUGUCUUGUAGUAUCAUAGUUUUAUGUUCACUGGUAAUCUACCUUGGAUUUGGUGUCAGUAGGAGAAAGGGAUGCAUUUACUUUAUUUAUUUAUUUUUUUAUUAAUUAUAUACAAGAACAACAUAAUAUAUUAUCUUGUAGUAUGUUUGUGUAUAGUUUACAUACUGUUAAUUAUGUGACACAGUUCAUCUUUUAUAUGUCUUCGAAUGAAUCACUCGUGAAAUCCUCGUAGUGACACAUAGCAGAAAUUUGGCUCUACUGUUGGUUAACGAUGAAAGUUUACGCUAGCAUAUUAGCAGUGAAGACCACUAACAAAUUGGCUAAUAGAAUAAUGCUUCUUAACAUGGUGUUUGGGAUGACUAAGCAUAAGGUGGUUUUUUUUUUUUUUUUUUUUUUUUUUUUUUUUUUUUUUUUUUUUUUUUUUUUUAUAGUGACACAUAGCAGAAAUUUGGCUCUACUGUUGGUUAACGAUGAAAGUUUACGCUAGCAUAUUAGCAGUGAAGACCACUAACAAAUUGGCUAAUAGAAUAAUGCUUCUUAACAUGGUGUUUUGGAUGACUAAGCAUAAGGUGGUUUUUUUUUUUUUUUUUUUUUUUUUUUUUUUUUUUUUUUUUUUUUUUUUUUUUUUUUUUUUUUUUUUUUUUUUUUUUUUUUUUUUUUUUUUUUUUUAAUUUAUAGUCUUAAAUUGAAUCUAAAAAAUGCAUGCAGUAUUAACAAGGAAAAUGAUGUGCUAUGCAUUUCCAAUAGGUUUUAUUUACAUUAUAUGUGUAUGAUCACGAAUGAAACAAGCCUAAAAGGAUAGGUCGUAUCCCAUUCAUCUACUCUAAAAUCCUGCGCCCUAAAAACAUGUCACUCCUGUUGAAGUUAUCAAAGUUUUCCCAUCCGUAUGCAUAAAACAUAACGAAUUGGCGUCGUUACUUUUAACACCUAUGAAAUGUUAUUUCUCAUAUUUUUUUGUGUCGCGCUUCUCCGCGCCUGGAUUGCAAAGAAACAAGAAACGUUUCUAUGAAAAGAUGCUGUGAUGUUUAGAUUGUGAGACGUGUCAAAUCGUGGCCCAUUUCCCCUACCUUGUCAUUUAAAUUCCAGAUGCACACUGAAAAAUCCGUUUCUAAGACUUCAAGAAAGUGUGUUUAAAUGCUGGAUACGAACACGAGUUUAACACGUCCAUUUUUCAUAUUUAUAUGUCUUCUACAUCUAAAAAGCUGGUAGAAAAUUGCAGCUGCUGUGCAUACUAAAAUAAAGAAUAAAGCUGAAACAUUUGGCUGAUUUAGCUCGGUUACUAUAUUCUUGAACAGUAUUUCCUAACAAACUGAUUAUUUCGGUUCGAACAUUUUUUCCAUAACAGUGAACGUAAGUUUCUUUAGACACAAGUUGACGAAGAUUAAUUUUAAAAUUCCAAGUAGCUCAACAAGAUCAAUACAGAACCCAUUGCUCUCGAUGCACCUACCUUUGUAAGCGGUGACUUGUGCGGCCAAUUCCUGUCCAAGAACAUACCAAUUAUGGAGUAUGGCAGACAAAUAUUGGGCAAUAAAAAUUUCGUCUAGGGCAGCCACAUUUAAUGCAUUUUCAUAUUUUUCAAGAUCUCUAAUGGCGCCCUACGCACGUGACACCCUGUGAAACGUCCCAAGUUGCUGGUACCUUGAGCCGUCCCUGUAUUACCCAGUGGUUCCCUAAUUUUUUUGAUCUCCUGAAAUCCCACCAAAAUCGUAAAAUUGUUUCUCGUUGUGCGUGCGUUCUAUGAUGAGAAACUCUGGUAUAGACCAAGUACAUAUUGAUUUAUAACGAAGCAAAAUUUGGUGGUGAUCCAUAAUGUAGAUUGAUGAUCUUUAGAGACUAAAUAUAUGUAUUCACGUUUAAAAUAGCAGAUAACAAUUAUCACGACACAACCUUUAGAUUAUUGCUUUUCAAAACAUGUCACAUCUGUUCGGAAAAAUUUCGUUUUGCAGACACAAACAACCAUACCCAACAGUUAAGGAAGAGCAGAUACCAAAUCUUAAUAACAAUAUAAAGAAAACUCAGAUAAUGCAUAUAAGAUAUUGGUAAUAAAUAGCUCUUCUGCAAAAGGUUAUGGUUUGAAAAAAAAAUGUACAGGUUUGUUGCAGUAAAAUGUAUUUUUCUCUUGCAGGUGUUCCGUUCGUCAUCACCUGUAUUUGGGUAGGUGUCAGAUCUCAGUACGAAUCUAUCAUGUAAGUAACUAUCAAGUACUAUAAUGGUUUUCUGGUCACUUAGUUCAUCCAAUAAAAUCGGUGAUUCAUAAAAAAAGUUGCUUCAAAGUAACUACAGAGCGCUGAAUCAUUUAAUUAUAACGUCUUAAUUUUAGAUAUUUGACUCUGAAAUUUGGCGGCGCUGAAACUAUCCUCAAGCAUGUGAAAUCAAACACAUGAGUGGGCAACAUCCAAAGAAAUAGAGGAAGAGUUACGAAGGAAUGGGUCCCAAGUAACCUAUGUAUGUGGAAGGAAACGCGCAGAUAGACUGACAAAUCCUGCGGCUGCCUAGCCACAACCAUUAACUCAUUCAACGUUCUAUGCAUCAUAUGUUGUUCUGUGGACCACUUUAGCACAAUGUGGUACGGUUAGUGGGCAAACUGCCCAAAAGCCAGAGAUGUGGACUCUUACAUGCUCAACCCCAGCAAGUCCGAUCCGUAAUGGAAGCUGAAAUGUCAGCAUCAAACCAGGGCAACACAACACUUAUCAUUAGCUGCAAUCAAAAAAAGCUAGACCAAAAAAAAUAAAAGGUCCCAAACUGUGCAACCCACAAUAUCCCCCCCCCCAAAAAAAAAAAAAAAAAAAAAAAAAAAAAAAAAAAAAAACAAAAAAAAAAAAAAAAAAAAAAAAAACAAAACAAAAAAAAAAAAAAAAAAAACAAAAAACAAAUGGUAAAUUGUUUAAUGACAAUAAAACUGAGUAAAUACGGUUCAUUUUGCAUCUCAGACACGCCAGUCAUGAAGAAAAAUCUGAACGCAAAUGCAACCCACAAUACCCCCCCCCCCAAAAAAAAAACAAAAAAACAAAAACAAAAACAAAAAAACAACAACAAAACAAAAAAAAAACAAAACAAAACAAAAGACAAAAGUUGCACUCCUGUUAACUUCGUGCUCCAAACUUGAACUCGGAGAGUCCACGGUGGCUGGCGAGUCAUGUGUCAAUGAAAUGUUUAUGGCACAGCCAAGCAAAUGGAGUUGUUUGCCAAAAUAAUACCCUGAGCCUUGAUCAGUGAUAGCUCAGGCUCCAUCAAUAGUAUGCAUGCUAGCGAUUAAAUUUUUUUUUUAAAUUACAAACAGUUGCCAGUGAAGCUCUGCUUUAACAAAUUUUAUUUUAGUACGAAACAAAAACAAAAAAACAAACAAAAAAAAAACAACAACAUAUUUUUUAAGAAUAAUGUAGAAGUACUAAAUUUGAAAAAAAAAUUAAUUACAUUAACCAAACAUUAAAUUUGUUCUCGUUUAAAACACUUUUAAAAGAAUUCUUAAAUAGUAUAGUAGGUCCACAAAAAAAGAGAUACCUUUCUGAUAGGCAAAAGGAAUUCUUUAGUAUUUAAUACGCUUGUUAAUUGAUGGUAGUAAUUUUAAAAGAAUUAUCCUAAAUGAGAAAAAUACUAAACUCUUCUCAUCUUUUAAAUAAUUAUUUCAAUAGUUUGUUGUUGUUAAAAACAUCUUAGACUUCUGAAUGUUGUAUUUUGUAAUUCAUGAUUAUAUUUCUGAUCCAUGAGCAGGUGUUGGCUACCUGAGGAGAAAUAUGAUAGCAUAGACUACAUUUAUAAAGGACCGAUUAUCGCCGUUUUAUUGGUAAGUAGCAUUUAUCAAUUGAACAUCUAGUAGUGCAAUCAGGGUGAGCAGACUUUGACAGGCCUGGACAAACAUCCCGAUCCAAGUGGAUGCCGAUCCCGGUAGGAUUCUAUCCCGGUAGGAUACCGAUCCUGGAAGGAUCCCGAUAUCGUUAGGAUCCCCUUUCAAUUUCGUUUUCCGGUAAUAUCCCAAUGCCGGUGGGUUUUGAUCCCUUUUGGUAUCCUGAUCCCAGUGGGAUUCAAUUUGCUGGUGUGAUCCCGUUUGCCGGUGCGAUCCUUUUCUGCCGUAGGAUCCCGUUUGCCGGUGCGAUCCUUUUCUGCCGUAGGAUCCCGUUUGCCGGUGCGAUCCUCUUCUUCCAUGGUAAUCCGUUUCCGAUACGAUCUUGAUGCCGGUUUGACCCUGUUAACCGAUGCGAUCGCGUUACUUGUGGGUUCUAGCUUACUGUUAGAUCUUGUUCCCGUUAGUAUCAUCUUUCUCAGUUCGAGUAUGUUCCAAGGCGAUUUCAUUCACGGUAGGAUUAUGAAGCGUAAGUUCAGAGAAAAUACACAUGAAAAUAUAGAAAUCAAGCAAACUAACUAAUAUAGCAAUAAGCUUUUAGAGUCCAUUAUAUAUUCCCGUAGAAAAAAAAUAGAACGUUGGGAACAUUCUUAAUUAAAUGUAUUAUUCUCCACGAAACGUGAAAAAAUGAAUUUUCUACGUCAUUUUUUAUCGAAUACGAAAAAUUAUACAACUUAAUGCACUACUAUAACUAUAGAACAUUUAAGUUGAAAUUGAGUUCAGUACACUUCGGUAAUUUAUUAUGGAUAAUCAAGUGCAUGUGUAAUAAGUUUGGUCAAGAACCAUCAUUUCAUGUAGCCAUAUGUGUUGAUAAUUUUAUUUAUACAGCUCCUACGAGAAAAAAAGAAUGUUAUAUAAGUUAAUAGAUGUCAUCCCUUUUCCCGAUAGGAUCCCGAUCCCGGUUUGAUCGCGUUACCCGAUGGGAUCAAAAUGGGAUCGCGUAACCGUUGGGUUCCAGUUUACUGUUAGAUCUGGAUCCCCAAUAGGAUCCUAUUCCUCUUGGGGAUCAUGCUCGGUGCGAUUGUGUUCAAAUAAGCUUUUAAAUUCCGUUAUAUAUCGCCGUAGAACAUUAAAGAACCUUCUGGAACAUUCUAGAUUUAAUUUAAUAUCCUAGUAUAAAAAAUUACUUUUCUAAGUAAUUAUUUUUCAAAUACGAAAUGUUAUACUACUAAUGUGCACUACUAUAACUAUGGUAAUUUUAAAUUAAAAUGAGGGCCACGGUGGGGGACCAUUUAAUAAAGUACCUUUGUUGUUAUGUCUGAGAUGGGGGGCCCUACAAAUAUCAGACUCAUAAAUAAUAGAGUUAAAAUUUAAAAUUGGCCUCAUGAAAAUCUACUUAAAAUGCCAUAGAUAUAGCUCUUUAAAAUAAUUGAUCUUUGUGGACAAUUCUAGAAUGGAUAUUAUUAGUUUUAAAUCCACCGAUAUUUCAAAACGGACAAUGAAGGGUAUUGAUACAACAAUUCCCAUAGAAAACAAUAGUGUUGUCCAAGCCUAUUGAUAUUUAUAUGGCUUGUAUGAGAAAAAAUGAAACAUGGCCCCCGGCCCCAUAUGAAAUGAUAUAAUGAGUUCAAUACCCGUCCGUAUUUGAAUAUGGAUAAACAAGUAUAUGUUUACUAAGUUUGGUCAAUAUCCAUCUACUCAUGUAGGAGUAUUUGUUGUUAAUUUUAUUUAUAUAGCUCAUAUUAUUAAAAAAAUCAAAUUCGGGGCCCCCGGCCCCAAACCUAAUGUGAUAAAAAGUUCAUAAGCCCUUAAGAGUUCUUUCUGCAUACUGAUAGAUAUAUAUGCCAAGUUUGAUCAAGAUCCAUCAAUCCAUGUAAAAGCCUUUGUGGAACAAACAGACAAACCCACAAACUUUCACUUGUAUAUAUAUGUUAUGAUAUAUGAUAUGAUAUAUGAUAUGAUAUAUGAUAUGAUAAAUGAUAUGAUAUGAUAUAUGAUAUAUAUAUGAUAUGAUAUAUUUUCUACUCCAAAUAACUGCUUAAAUCUCUUGUUAUGUACAGCCGUGUCUAUAAUGCCCAUUGUUGCAAAAAAUACAACUUUAGUUCUUGUUCAGUUCCUAUAGUUACGCCCCUCAAUGUUUUUUCCUGGAUUCGAGUACCACAAUUUAAAUUUUAACUGUUUAACUUAAACAACGCCCACAAGUAAUGCAAAAACCACUGCCCAUAUUUCCUGUUUCAUAAAAAAGACUUUCUAAAUAGUUGAAAUUUUAAGGAUUACACUUAUGUAGAGACAACUAGCGAUCAUAAAUUGGAUCCUAUCCUUCUGAUUUUUAAUGUCUUCCUUGUGUUCUUCACUUUUAGAUUAACGUGUUCUUCAUCACGGUGAUCAUCUGGGUGCUGGUGACCAAACUGAAAGCCUCCAACACGUUAGAGACCAGGCAGUACAGGUAGGCGACCAGGUCUAUUCUGGAAGAGCGCGUGUCGGAUAGAUGAUGGAUCGAUUGGUCAUUAUGUUGAGCUGAUUUCCUAAAAAGUGAAAGAUAGAUUUGUCAGAGUGAUGUGCCAGUUUCCUGAGGAGUAAAGAUAGAUUGUUUACAUUGUUGUGCCAACUUCAAAAAGAUUAUAGAUAGAUUUUUUUUUAAAAAUGAAACAAGUCGUAAUACAGAUUGAAUUUUUUGUUUACAACGCGAGGAAAAUAAUGUUGCGGAAAAAAAGAUUUGUAUAACACUAUAAUCUAAUCUUGGAAAGUUAACGGAAGAUUGUUCAUUUUAUAUCGAGUUGGAUAAAAUCACAGUUACCGUAAAUUUGUUUGAAAGAAAUUUCGUCCACGGAAAAUUGAACGACGGAUAUUUAAGCGAACGGAAAUUUUGUCAAAUUUUAUUUUCUGUCCACACGAUCAAAUUUUGCGUCCAAUUUCUUUUUGAACUAUUAUUUUGUUUUACUAUAUUGUAUAGUGCGUUUAAAAAGACAUUUGACGGAAAUUGGAACGCGUGAACUGAAAAAAAAAAAAUUCGGUUAAACUUCCGUUCGACCAAACUUCCGUUCGAUAAAAUUUUCGUUCGAUCAAAUUUCCGUCGAUCAAUUUUCCGUCGAUGAAAUUUCUUUCAAAAAAAUUUCAGACACGGAAAAUAACAACUCAGCCUUUAAGUUUUGAAAGAUAGAAUCUUAUAGACCACUCUUCUCGCCAAACACUUAACUCUAUUUAUCAAAUGUUUUUAAGUUCAGAUUCAUAAACCAACGCUUACGGUAACUUAACGAUUUCAUUAAAUCAAAUUGUUAUCUUGUGACAUUAUUGUUCUUGUAUGUCCAUGAUUUAGAUAUUUUUAUCAUUAGUGUUAAUACUUUGAAAAAAAAAAUUCUUUUGUUUGGAAAUUUCCUUUUGAGAAUGAUAUUGAUUUAAAAAACAACAUACCCAUGUGUUUACAGGAAAGCUCUGAAAGCCAUUGUUGUUCUGUUCCCACUACUGGGUGUUACAUACAUAUUGUUUAUCCAAACUCCAUAUCACAGCACUGAAGUGAAAUUUGUGUUGGAACAUGUCAAUGCACUUUUACAGUCAUUGCAGGUAAAUACAUAAUUAUUUGAGAUCUAAUCGUGCUAGUAGUGAUUUUACAUACUUGUGCAGGACUUUAGUCCUUGCUGGUAAGCUAACUUUUCUGUUAUUGCAGCUAUUGGGCAGCUAUUGACACUCCAUAAAAUGUUUACGAGGCCGAUCCUGGAAUGACAGUCUCAGCUGCACUUCUCACAGAAGAGACACGACUCCUUGUUAAAUGUGGCCUUCAAUAAAAAUGCUCUUUUUGUUGCAAGGGCUUCUGCCUGUUAAACGGCUUUAUACACUUCAUUCACUGCUGUUCGUCAGCUGGGACAGCGCUCAUGUCGUUAUUGCAGCUGGGGGCAGUGCUAAUGUCGUUAUUGCAGCUGGGGGCAGUGCUCAUGUCGUUAUUGCAGCUGGGGGCAGUGCUCAUGUCGUUAUUGCAGCUGGGGGCAGUGCUCAUGUCGUUAUUGCAGCUGGGGGCAGUGCUCAUGUCGUUUUGCAGCUGGGGGCAGUGCUCAUGUCGUUAUUGCAACUGGGGGCAGUGCUCAUGUCGUUAUUGCAGCUGGGGGCAGUGCUCAUGUCGUUAUUGCAGCUGGGGGCAGUGCUCAUGUCGUUAUUGCAAACGUCCUUUAAAAUCGUAGCCGUGGAUAUUCCAACUCGUCAACAACAUAUCAUUUGGAAUACAGCCUUCCUCCAUUCUUUUUACACGGCCUGACCCUCGAAGUGGCCUCUUGCUAAAAACUGCACAUUCUGCCACAUUACAAAACUUGUGUUAGCCCUUUGUCCUGUCAUCGAAUUCACAAAAUGUGACGCAGAAAUCUUUGACAGAAGCUGUUGAGUUACCGCUCAUGACUGGCAUUUGUGAUUCACACUUCACUGCCAUAUAGGAGCGUACUAAGUACACAUGCCAUAUAUCCGCUUAGUUUUGUACUUUCGGUGAGUUUAGGAUUAUCCCAAAACCGGUUUGUUCAAUCCAGCCAUAUUUUUUGCUGCUAUUGCGAUCCUAAUGCUUGCUAUUUCGAAAAUGGAGAGUGAGUUUAAGAAAUUGUACCUAAAGUAUUUCAAAUUCUCAAUUAGUGACAAGCUAUGGACCUCCAUAGUUAUGUUUAGAGGGUAUUUUGCUUCUUGCAUAAUGAAAUUGGAUUUCUGUAGACUAAUGGCCAGUCAAAUUCUUAACAUGGUGGAUGUUAAGGCGACAUCGUCCGCGAACAACAGUUCAUGAAACAUCACCUUUUCUACCUUGGUCUUUGCACGAACGCUCGCGAAAUUCAGAACAGAGUUAGUGUGGAUGUACUCAUUCCCUGAAAGCAAACUAAAGAGGCCUUGAGAAGAAAACGGAGAAGAGCAUUGUGCAAGUAAGCAGUCAUGUCUUACUCGGCUGCUGACUGCUAUUUCCUCAGAGACCGCAUCACUGAAGGUUACUGUGCCCAGCACGUUUUCGUGAAAUGACUUAUGAUGGUGAGCAGUCGUGGGGACAACCUAUUUUAUGCAUGAUACUGAACAGGCCUCUCAGUCUUACCAAGGCCAAACCUUUGGUUAAUCUAAGAAUACAAUGUUAAGAGACUGAUGUCGUUCAAUACACUUCUCCUGCAAAUGGCGUGUCCGCGCGUGGCGAGGAUAUCAUGUCUAUAGUUGAACGACCACACCUGAAGCUACAUUGGGCCUCUGGGUGGAUGUGGUUAGCCAGACUCUGGAACCGCCGAAGGACGACACAGUCACCUUUUUGUGUACCAUGUUACGAUUUUGACGUCCUUUAUGUCCCGGGCAUGUGGCCUGCUUCCCAAUCAGACAAGAGGAGCUCAUGUAAGGUCCGAGUCCCUCAUGUCCCGGGCAUGUGGCCUGCUUCCCAAUCAGACAAGAGGAGCUCAUGUAAGGUCCGAGUCCCUCAUGUCCCGGGGCAUGUGGCCUGCUUCCCAAUCAGACAAGAGGAGCUCGUGAAAGGGCUGAAGUAGUAUUGCUUUUCCAUAUCUGAAAUUGUAUUUGAUGCAAUAUAAAUACGAAAUUUUGCUCUGAUGUCGCCAAUAAUGCGAUGCAACUCGUAAAAAACAAAGAUUGUUUAGUUGUUCAUGUUGCCCUCGUGAUUAAAUUGUAACUGCAGUAGGCAACAAACGGGAUACAACUGAAUUAACUAAAAUUUUAGUAUUAAAAAAACUUUCAAAAUUCAAAAUAUUUCGUCUUAAGACUUUUAAAAUGUGUUAUUUUGCAUAACACGUAGCCCACCCUUUGAAUUACAAACCUGAUCCCUUUUAGUACAUAACAAAUCCCUUUCUUACAUUGCCCAGCCCUUUCCGUUAUACGUGUAAUCCAAAUUUGCUUAAUAUACGCUUACGCUUUUCCAUAUUAUAAUAAACUAAACGGUAAAUGAUAGUAGAGUUUAAUUUACAUUGCUGUAAUAAGUGCUUUCAAUGACAGGUAAUGUGUACAUUUAAAAAAAAAAAUAUUGAACACAAUAUUUAAGUCAUUGUUUCCUUUCAAACUUGCAUGUGUCACUGAGGCCACUUUUUAAUUAGUCAAUUUUGGCUCUGAAUUUCUUGUUAAUUUAUUUAUAAACAAAUCAAGACAGAGAUUCCCUUUGUGUCCAACUGGUAGGUGAUUAUUUUUUGUUAAUUGUUUUGUCUUUUAUCAAGUGGCUUACCACCUUUUUCUUAUGUACUCUCACUCACAGGGACUAUUUGUCGCUAUAUUCUACUGCUUCUUGAAUGGAGAGGUAUGUACAAUUGAUAGCAACAAAAAAAAAUAUUCAGAAAUAAUGAAUCAGUUCUUACCCUUUAGAGUUCCAGUAAGACGGAAGAUUUAUCAGUUAUGACUAUGCAACCGUACCUAUUCCGUUUUUAAAUUUUUGAAUUUUUCCCAACCACAAAGGCAAAGUUUAAUUUAUUAUUUUUUGUAAAUUGACAAAUUUUUUUUGCGAGUAAACCAACAUACAACUUGAGCGCAUAAAUCUCAAGCGUCAAUGUCUUUAAAAUGUAUUUCUGCUUAUUUCAGUCCUAGGACAGCACUUUUUUUUCACUUGUAAUUUAUGCGUUUUCAAAUAAAACGUUUAGUUUUGUCGUUUAUUACAAAAAAUAUAAUUAAAUGAUGGCUCGAGUGGGAAAAAAAAUGUGUGUGCCUUUAUCUUGCAGGUCCAAUCCGUGAUACGUCAAAAAAUCAAUGCCAUCCAGGAGAGCCGAACAUUCAGCCGUUACUCCAAGACCACGUUCUUUAGUAGCCCCAGGCGGUCAAGCUGUUACGCCUUGGCGGUCACUAACUGUAAUGGGAAAUCGAGUUCGGACAGGAAGAGUACCGGCAGCGGCAGCGUUCAAAUUAAACUGUCACGGAUAGAGCCGGAAACUGAGGCGAGUGCAUCCAUGAUGGACAACAUGUUGUGAAUGAGUGCAGUGCGGGCAGAGCUCGGGGCUGGCAUAGAGGAGAAUGUGCUCUUAAGACGAUAAAGCGAUUGGUAGCCGAGCAUCUUUCAUGUGGCGUGGUGAAUGAUUUAUGUACAGUCUGUCGUUGACGAUGUGUAUGUACCUGUGGCAUUUAAGGACACUGCGGAAAUACUGUAUGGUGUGCGAAUACACAUGAUUACUAUAGCGGUAUAAGGGACUUUAUCGCAAUCGUAUCGGACAUACAGUAGAUGGCUCAUUGGUGAACGAAGGGUGUAAAUUAUUGUUAUGUCGUAAUGAGGGGAGUGGGGAGGUGCACGCAGACGCCCCUUCGCGUUUAGAUUCAAAUUAUUAGUUUUUCAUUUAUAAAUGUUAGAACCAAAAAAAAAGCGGUACUUAUUUGCGCCUUUCAUUCGCAUGACAUUAAAAGCUUCAUUUACUUUCCGUUGGAACGUCUCACCUAAUUACGUACAGUUUAGACCGAUCUACUAAAUGUAUCUGUAUAAGUACCACCAAAAAAAAAAGUUUGUUAUAAAAUGAC